CACGGUAAAAGCUAUCUGGGCUACCACUUGAUUUAUCACGUUUUACGUCUAAUACCCUCGACGCUUUCCCUCUCAACCUCACGCACGCGUCCAGAUCUGUAGAGGAGGACGAAUUCACGCAACUGGCCCACUUGCGUCCGGCCCCGAUCCUGUGCGCUGCAGAAUUCUGCCUCGAAACAAACGAAAUACAUGACAAUAAGCUCUUCCACGACAUAGCUCCUACUGAAUUGCCAUCCUCAACGAGCUCAACAGACGAAUCUCACCCAAUAUGUCUUUCAGCUUCGGUGCCCCAGGUGGAACUGGUGGCAAUCUCUUCGGACAAUCCACUACACCAGCGUCAUCGGGCGCGCCCACGACGGGCCUUUUUGGCCAGCCUACGGCAGGUGCCACGGAUAACAAGCCAGCCUCAGGUGGCCUCUUUGGGGGUGGUGGUGCUGCAGCUACGACAAAGCCAGGUGGAUUUUCUUUUGGCGCUACGCCAGCUACGACUGCGCCGUCAAAUCUGUUCGGGGGAGGCGCUGCGAAGCCAACCGCAUCCGCGCCUUUGUUUGGAUCUUCAACCACAACCACUGCUCCUUCCGGGGGCUUGUUUGGGGGGCCUACUUCUGGAGCCACGGCAGGUGCAACCCCGGCAGCGGCUCCGGCUGGUGGACUCUUCGGUGGUGGAUUCCAGGCCAACAAGCAGCCCUCUUCCUUUGGCAACUUCUCCUUCGGUCAGAGUGCAACUCAGAACCCACCCAGCUCUACACCAACCACCAGCUCCUUCCCUACCCCGAACAAGCCAGAGACGCCCGCAGCACCCGCCAACCUCUUUGGCGGCGCAGCCAAACCCGCUGAUGCACCGGCUGCUGCUCCUACUCUCGGCUCAACUACACCAGCUCCAAACAAACCAGCCGGCAGCAUGUUCAGCUUCCCUUCAUCUACAACCCCAGCUGGUACUCCAGCAGGUGGUAACGCUGCGGCGCCAUCUCUCUUCGGUGGUCUGAAUAAACCCGCUGCUCCUGCUGGUGGUGGUCUCUUCGGGGGUCCCAAGCCAGCAGCGCCAGCGGCUGCACCUGCGAGCGCGGCACCAGCUCCUGGAGGUCUCUUUGGCGCGGCGAAACCUGCUGCACCUGCAGGCGGAGGUCUAUUUGGAGGCGCCAUGGCCGCGAAACCCCCAGCUGCGCCAGCUACCACCGGUGCCGCACCGGCGGGAACCACCGCCCCCGCUGCCCCCGCGGCUGCAGCAGCAACCCCUUCGCUUUUUGGCGGAGGAGCAACUGCGGCAGCUCCCAAGCCUGGUGGACUUUUUGGUGGCGCUGCUGCUACCACUUCUGCUGCUGCCCCUGCAUCUACCACUGCACCAGCACCCGCUGCACCAGCAGCCGGUUCUCUGUUCGGUGCCAAACCCGCCGCCGCAACGACAUCAGCCGCUGCGCCGCCCACUGCAGCAGUUGGUGCCGCGCCUGCUACUGGUCUCUUCGGUGCUAAGCCUGCUGCCACGGGAGCUACCCCUUCUACAGCUGCACCUGCAACGGCGCCCGCAGCUGCUGCAGCUGCAGUUCCAGGGGCAACCAACCCAAAUGUCUCGACCGCUGGGCCUGCGCCGCAGAUGUCCCGCUUGAAGAACAGGACUAUGGAUGAGAUUAUCAACAGGUGGGCGAGCGACCUUUCCAAGUACCAGAAGGACUUCCAGGAGCAGGCCACAAAGGUUGCAUCCUGGGAUAGACUCUUGGUGGAGAACGGAGAUAAGAUCCAGAAACUCUACGUCAGCACGUUCGAGGCUGAGAGGGCUACGUCUGAGGUAGAGAAGCAGCUUACUGCUGUGGAGAACAUGCAAGGAGAGCUAGAGGGCUGGCUGGAUCGCUACGAGAAGGAUGUUGAUGAGCUCUUCAACAGGAAUCUGGGAUCGAGCGAUAAUCUUCAGGGUCCGGAUCAGGAGCGCGAGCGCAUGUACAAGCUAGCUGAGAAGUUGGCCGGGCGUCUAGAUGAUAUGGGUAAGGAUCUCACGAGCAUGAUCCAGGAAAUCAACACGGCGUCGUCGAGCUUGAGCAAGGCUGGGAAGCCGGAUGAUCCUCUACAACAGAUCGUCAAGGUCCUUAACGGACAUCUGUCCCAACUCCAAUGGAUUGAUCAGAACGCCGCUGCGCUCCAGGCCAAGGUCGCAGCUGCUCAAAAGGAGAGCCGUAGCCUCGGCGCCAGCAUCCACGGCGACAACGAGUCCGAGGCAUCCCACGAGAUGCUCCGGUCGUAUUUGGGCAGGAGGUAAUGGGAUGGUGGUCAUGAAACGGGUGGUCAUCACGAAGAAAGGGCGGGGACAGGAUUAGGGUAUAUGGAGUUUUUUCCCAAAAGAGGGUACGGAGUAGACGUUUUUUUGCCCCAUGUAUUUGCGAGAGUGGAGAAAUUUGUAUUAUUCAAGAAGAUGUGUCGGUCGCAGGUAGCAGUUGGGGGGUGAGGUGAGAGUUGUAUAUGAGACAGUAGAGAGUUUACACAGGCCGAGGGCCGUCAGUGAUGGUACACUGUUAAUUGCACCGUACAAUAGGACCUCUCUGUCCGUUACCAA